AUGGCUCCAGCAGUAACAAGUAACACUGCAGCCGAUCGAAGUUACAAAUCGAAAUUUGAUCAGAGAGAUGGCACAAGCAGUUUAAGUCGAAGACCUGAUAGCAUCUGUGGUAGUCGGUCGAAUCAAUCACGAGUUAUUAGCUCCAGAGAAAAGAUUCAAGUAUCUAAGCCCACAUUAACUGCGUCCUCGAUCAAGUCAUCAGACAUUAAAUCGCAUACGAAAAUACAGUCUACGAGCGACUUCCCAUUGCCGUCCACGAGAUUAAACAAACACAAGCAAGCUGUAGUUUUUAAUCUGGGGAAGAGGAAGCACAAAACCAUAUUUUCUAGUUCCUAUGACUCUGGGUUGAUUCCCUGUCGCAUUAAUCACGGCAGUAUUCGCAAUUCCUUGCUUUGGACAACGGAUCCGAAAACGCUGUCAUACGACCCGCUACUUAUCACAUGCAUCAAAGGGUUCCUGGAAACCGAGCAUCCGUUUGUAUUUCUUUCGCGAGCCGCAUUUUGUGACCUGAUGGUACUGGAAAAUGCUUAUAAUAAGACAGUUCCGAUUCUCGCACAAGUCAUUGUGCCGUUGCGAGAAGCCUUGAUGGCCAAAGAUGAUGACACGUUUCUUAUGGCGUUAAAAGCAACUCGUCUUCUUUCAAAUCUAGUGAAGAGUGAGAUGAAUAUGCACCUUUCCAAGCUAACGCAGCAGAUUCAUCGCAAACUUUUGGCAAAUAAUUUUCGAGCUGAAGUGGGUGAAACCCUUGCUGUUCUCGAAAGCAAUGGCGGGAAAGAGGCACUCGCUAUCAUUUGUUCAAAGAUCCCAACGUACACUUCAAUCCGCUAA